UUAGAGAUAAGUCACCUACAGACAAAAGUCCUAUCCUCAGUUUGCAGAGGUGCAUGAACAGUUAAUUUUAUUAACCAGUGCUUUUGAAUUUGUCUUCAUGUAAAACUAAGUAUGAGGAAACCACACACGUUUGAUUGUAAGCUCAAUUCUCACCAAAAAUGUGCAUGAAAUGUCAAAGUAGCAGUAUUGUAUUCCUGCAUUUUCAACGGAAGAUCAAAGAAAUCAUUAGUGUAAAACUAAGUGAUAUGGAAGGGGAAAGGGCAUCAAAUUUUAAGGUUAGUUUUGCUUUUUAUCAAAAGAUCAGGGUUGUGGAAAGGAGUCAUAAAUAUUUAGUAUCAAAGUGUUGAUUCACAUCUCCUAACAGUAUUUUAAGCUGAAUAGCUUGUUUCUCUGCAGUUAUACACUGUGCUUUACUGAAGUCAUCUGUUUCUGGCUCCAGCUUUGGUGUACUUGAGUGUCUAUUUGCAGUUUCAAAGUGCCACGAUCUUAAUUACAAACUACGAGCAAAUCUUUUGAAAAAUCAAGAGUGAUGCUGAGUGUGCUCAUCCUGUAUUAGACUAAAAGGUGCUUUUUUAAAGAGAGGCAUUUAACUGUGAUUGGCUAACAUUUCCUAAUUUGGAGAAAAUCUUUGGGAGGAAUAGAAGGCUUUCCUAAAUCUAAUUGUUUUCAGUCAAUUUGUAAAGACUGAUUAGCUACCUGUAGUGACUGGACAGCCUAAUCUCUUGCUCUUGGCUGUAGACUGCCAUUGUGCAUUGGUCAAACAACAGUAAACCGAGCUUGAUCAAUGCUUGAGUUUGUGAAACACAAACGCUAUCAGUUAUUCAUUGUUUCUUUACAAGCCUUUACUGUUUUCGGUAAAGCCUGUGUGUUAGCGUAAUUUGCAGCAAAACUGAAAUAGCCUAGAAAAGAACAAAGCUUUGAAGUGUUUUCUGUAGGUGUUUUCCAUUGUGAAGAAACAUUCAAAUGCAGGUAACAGACUUAAUGUGUCACCGAUGCCCUUGUGUGAAGAGAAGCAUCGUCUGUUGCAGCACGGGUUGUGUCUGGCUUGGUGUUUUAGAACGGACUGGGGCUAAAAGGCUGAGCGGUCCAGCUCUGCUUUAAAGUCCAUCAGGCCUCAGCCUUUAGGGACCCCUUGGAGCCUAAAAGCUUCAGUGGUUUUAACAAGGCCUAUUAAAGCCACUUUCUCAGUUUUGCUUUGAAGAUCUGCAUUUAAGGUAGCUUUUUAUUGCUUUGUUCUUUCAGAAUUUUCUGAGUUUGCUGUAAUUAUUCUUGUCAUAUGAAGUUGACAGGGGACUUGUACUUCAUGAUGGUAUGUUUUGCCCUGGCUCUCUGGUACCCACCAGUGACUGUCAGUAGCAGAGCUCUGAAUCGAUUGAGCCAGGAAGUCCUUUGCACAACUGUUAGUCAUCUUCCUAAGACAAGCAGAUCACUGAGUCCUUGUGUGUUUGUUGAUUUGUUUAAACCCUCUUCUAGGCUGGCUUACUGCUGGGAGAAGAACAACAACUUGAAAAUACAGUUUAAUUUUUUUCCUCUAAUGCGGGGCACACCUGCAAGACUACUUUGCUGUGAGCAGAGUGGUGGUGAGCUCACACUGCCUCAGUCAUGGUGUCUGCUCCAGGAGCGGCUCUGGCUGCAGUGUGCUUCCUGGGGUUUCGUGUGACCUCAUGUCCAGCCGGUGGGCGACAGCAUUGCUCGUUGCAGUGGUUCUGAAUUCAUAUAACUCAGAAACCCGUGCAUCUCUGCGAGGGGGUAGCGAUGAUACUUUUUUAGACUUCAGGUGCAAACAGCCCCAGAACCUCUCAUCGUCUUGCAGCUGCGGGCUGAGGCGGUACCGGGUCAUCGGGGCACGGUGCCGCUGAGGAAACAUCAGGGCAGGCACUGUGGCGGACGUUCUCUGGACGUCCGGGCCGCUUAGUGCGCUCCCGGUACAGCAAAGUGUAGGCUUAGCUCACGGACGGCUCCCGCAGCAGAGCGGCCGCUACUGUUGCCGCCUCCGGGAGCUGCCCCGCGCUCCUCCGCAGUGGAAGCGGCAGGGAGGAUGAGGACGGGUGUUCCUGGCGCCCGCGGCGGGCUCGGCUAUGGAGCCUUGGGCCGAGGCGGGAAGGGUGCUUCCCCGGCGGGGAGUGCGGUCUCCGUGCCCGGGAGAAGGCACCGAUAAGCAUCUUGGCCCCUCCAGGUCGCGGCGUGAGGGUGGGGCUGGACGGAGCCGCUCGCCCUCUUCCCUCCGCCGCCCCGCCCCGGGCACGCAGGUGUGGGACGAGGGUGGGCUGUCCGCUUUACCAUGGCGGGGGCUGCCAAGGACACCCCACAGCGCCCGGCGGAGGAGGAAUACAAGCUCUCAACUUGCAGCAAAUUAUGCUAUGCAAUAGGAGGUGCCCCAAAUCAGGUCGCAGGGAGUGCUGCUUCCUUCUUCCUACAGAUCUACCUGCUAGACAUAGCCCAUAUUACUCCAUUUCAAGCCUCUUUGGUGCUGUUCAUUGGCAAAGCCUCAGGUGCAGUUACUGAUCCUGUUGCUGGCUUUUUUAUUAGCAAGAGUAGAUGGACAAAAAUUGGCCGGCUCAUGCCUUGGAUGCUGGCAUGUACACCCUUCACAGUAGUGGCCUAUUUUUUUAUGUGGUACCUGCCUCCUUUUGCAUCUGGGAGAGCUGCAUGGUAUCUGACUUUCUACUGCCUUUUCCAGGCACUAACCACAUUAUUCCAAGUACCGUAUUCUGCCCUCACCAUGUUUCUCAGCACAGACCAGAAGGAGAGAGAUUCUGCCACAGCAUACCGAAUGACUGUGGAAGUCCUUGGGACCUUGAUUGGAGCUGGGCUUCAGGGGCAGAUUGUGGCCAGUGCUCACGUCUCUCAUCACUGCACUGUGAUUCCCACAGCAAACACAACUGACUCCUGGUACAACACUCCCAGCUUUCCAGAGCCCUCAGCUCCCCUGUCUCCUCAAGCAAGAGUUUAUAUGAUUGCAGCAGGGGUCAUAGGAGGUGUGUAUCUUCUUGGAAUUGUCAUUCUUUUUCUUGGAGUGAAGGAAAAAGAUGAUCCUUAUGCCUUAAACUCUGACAGAGCAAUCCCUUUUUGUAAGGGGCUUGGACUCACCAUGCAACAUGGUCCAUAUGUGAAGCUUACAGCUUCGUUUCUUCUCAUCUCGACAGCAGUUCAGCUGGAGCAGGGCAACUUUGUUCUUUUCUGUACUCAUGCUGCUGAUCUUCGGAAUCACUUCCAGUAUUUGGUGGUGACCAUCUUGGUAUCAGCAGCUGUGAGCGUUCCCUUCUGGCAGAAGUUCCUGCAGAAAUUUGGCAAGAAGUGUGCAGCAUGUGGGAUUUCGUGGAUGAUCCCUUUUGCAGUCAUGCUAGUGACCAUUCCAAACCUGAUCCUGGCUUACUUCGUAGCUUUUGUCUCUGGUCUGAGCAUUGCUGCAUCUCUUCUGUUGCCAUGGUCAAUGCUGCCUGACGUAGUUGAUCAUUUUCGCCUGCAGAAUCCUCAUAGAAAAGGACAUGAAACCAUUUUCUAUUCUUCUUAUGUUUUCUUCACCAAGAUAUCAGCAGGAAUUGGCUUAGGAAUUUCUGCAGCAAGCCUGGAGUUUACUGGAUACAAGCCAGGGCUAUGCAGACAGUCUGCUGAUGUGAUUCUCACACUGAAAAUCCUCAUUGGAGCAGUUCCUGCUAUCCUUAUCCUGUUAGGUUUGUUUAUACUUCUUUUCUACCCAAUCACCGAAGAAAGUCGGAAGGAAACAAAGCUCGCACUUGAAGUGCUAAGAAGGAGCUAUCAAAGCACAGAGAACCUGGAUGACCAUAGAGAGAACUCGUCAGUCUGAAGGGUCUGAAUAUGAUGACCUUCCAAACGGAGUCUUGCAUCCCAUACACAAACUCCAUGAGAGUCUUCUAGGUCAUUCCUCUGCUCACAUUCUACCAAAGUAGAAGAAUUUAUGAUUCUGACACAAUCAGUAAUGAAAUCAAGAGAGGAGCCCGCUGUGUAAGAUAUGUAUCUAACUCUAUGCUGUGCUAAAAAAGACACAGUGAAUGUUCAGGAGUGGAGCUACUGAAAGCUCAGGUUAUUUUCAUGUGUUUCACAAUGAUUAAAGAAAGCUGUGACCUCAGAAGACUAUAUGGACUCGCAGGACAAGGGAAAAAAAGUACCAAUGUGAUGUACCACCCAAAUUUUAACUCAUACUAUAUUUUGCCCUUACAGGCAGGGAUGGAUUCUGAACAUAAUCUGUAGUUAUAAAUUGCACACUAGUCUGUUUGGAUAGCACUUGGGAAUUCUGAAGGAUGCUAUAUAAAGUUAAGAUUUACUUUGUUUUGAACUGAAGCAAAUCACUGAGGCACACAUGUUGCGAAGAUUUUCUUAUGAAGAGUUGCUCUGAAAGAGAUUUUCAUGUAAUUUAAGUUCACAGAUUUUAUAUGAAGCAGAACCUUACACUUAGCAUUACUGGAGUUCCUUGCUUUGAAAACUGUAAACUGAUCUUUGGCAGAGAAUGAGUGCCCAAUGUUUUCAAAAUCAACAUCUCCACUCAGGACUCCCAAACUCAACAGUCUCUUCCAAAAAUUAGGCUAUGCUAUUCACAUUUCUGUACAUUUUGGCCUUAAAGUAACUUUAUCCUGAUACCCAUUCUUAUGUGGUAUGGCUCUCUGCCUCACAAAACACCAUGGCAUCAUCUCAG